CCGCUGGCCCAGGAACCCGUGGCCAUCUCGCCGCGCCUAAUGGCGCGCGAGCAGUUCGGGGGCAUCACUGAGGAGCAGCUGAGGGAGGCUGGGGUCACCAUCUCGGGGAGGGAGGAUGGCGAGGAGGCCAGGGAGGUUCAGAGAGACCAGGGCCACUACCUCAGAGGAGGCUCGUCACCAUCGGUGUCACCAGCGGGCUCCCUGAGGCAGGCCGAGGACGUUGGGAUCACGGGCCAGGAUGUUAUCGACUACGCGCUGUUCCUGGGAUUGGAUCCAGAGGCGGACGCUGAGCUGAUGCACCUGGCGCGCGAGGGCCUGGAGGCGUCAAACGCCUGCGGCUGGAAGGCGUACCAUGACCAGGAGGGCAAGCUGUUUUAUUUCAACUUCAAGACUGGCGUCAGUUCUUGGGACCACCCAGCAGACGCGACUGCACUUAAUCUGGCGAGGGAGAAGAAGAGAGAGAAGCUGAUGACACGGCCGAGGAAUCGCGCAAACUACACGGGCGAGACCCUCAAUAAUUUGGAGGCAGACGUCGCUGAGAAGCACGAUGAGAAUCACAGCAAAGCGUUUUCUGUGAAAGAUGAGGGUUGGUGGCCAGGCUACCGCCGAUCAGUUUUCGCGGCAGUCAGGAAUGCCAUCGGCAACAAUGCGGAGCAUGUGGUUAUCAUCCAGGUUCGCAGCGAUGCCGCGUUAGGCUCUGCUGCGGAUGAGUUUUCGGCAAUGCUAAGUGAAUUCCAGACUUGCUACCUGGAGAAGAAGGAGCCGUUUUUUGCAGGAGAUGGUUCCGUGAAAAAGCUAGAUUGGGAAAAUAUGUCAGAGUUACGGUUGUCUGGCAAACACCUCGAGAAUACCCUCAUGCACAUCACAAGUCAGCAGACUACGCGUGCGAUCAUUGUGUCCGUAAGUGAUCACGCGGUGGACGCUGUGAUAGAGGUUGUUCGACAACAUAACCGAAGGGGUGGCGUCACGGAAGUCGACGCGGCAUGGGCCCCUAAGUACGAGGUCGUUUGA